GCACACACACAUUUUCUUGCAGUUGCAUGUCAAAAGGUCUCACAGAGCUUUCCUCAUUGUAAUCUUGAUCAUCUAAUCACAUUUACCAUCUUCAAAUCUUCUCCAGUACCUUACAAAGAUCAUUGCAUUAUGUAAACUUGUCUUAAUCUAAACAAUCCUGGACAUCUAUUAUAUGUUCAAGCUAGUUCAUUUCAGUUUGGUUGUUCUUGAUAGUAUCUUUCUCUUCACUUCUUAGAGCUUGCCUGUUUGGUUCUUAAUAUAAUCUAAGGAGAUUUUAUAUAAAUACACAAAUCAUGUAGUUGUUUUCUUUGUGCUUUGAUCCUGCAUUCCUGUAUAUUCUUGUACAGCAGCUAUCUAUUUCUAAGCUGAUUAGAUUGGACCUUUCUUCCAAGGAUUUAACCAGUGAAGGAGAAAGAUGAUAUAUAAGUAGCUAGGUUAUAUCACAUUCUUUUGCUAUACAUAGGCUUAGAACAGAGAUUUUAGAGAUAUAGAUAGAUGGAAGAGACAUUUGUGCCGUUUCGCGGAAUCAAGAAUGACCUUCAAGGGAGAUUGUUGUGUUACAAGCAGGAUUGGACUAGUGGAUUCAAGGCAGGUUUCAGAAUUUUGGCUCCCACCACAUACAUAUUCUUCGCCUCAGCCAUUCCGGUUAUCUCAUUCGGGGAGCAACUUGAAAGAAGCACAGAUGGAGCAUUGACAGCAGUUCAGACUUUGUCAUCUACUGCGAUAUGUGGAAUUAUACAUUCAGUCGUCGGAGGUCACCCGUUGCUUAUAUUAGGUGUUGCAGAGCCAACUGUGAUAAUGUACACCUUCUUGUAUGACUUUUCUAAACAGAGGCCAGAGUUGGGCCAUAAGCUGUUUCUUGCAUGGACUGGAUGGGUAUGCGUUUGGACAGCAGUCUUGCUGUUCUUCUUAGCUAUCUUGGGAGCUUGUUCCAUCAUUAACAGGUUUACGCGUGUUGCUGGUGAAUUAUUUGGCUUGCUCAUUGCAAUGCUUUUCAUGCAACAAGCUGUCAAAGGAGUGAUAGAUGAGUUUCGUAUUCCAAAGCGAGAGGAUCCUACCUUGACUGAGUUUACCCCUUCGUGGAGGUUUUCAAAUGGAAUGUUUGCUCUGGUUCUGUCUUUUGGCCUUUUGCUCACUGCAUUACGCAGUAGAAAAGCAAGGUCAUGGCGUUAUGGAUCUGGUUGGAUCAGAAGUCUUAUUGCAGACUAUGGUGUGCCACUCAUGGUUUUAGUUUGGACAGCUAUUUCCUAUAUACCCAGUGGAAGUGUUCCAAAAGGGAUCCCACGACGGCUUUUUAGCCCAAAUCCGUGGUCCCCUGGUGCAUAUGACAACUGGACUGUGAUCAAGGAUAUGCUAAAUGUGCCCAUUCUUUAUAUAAUUGGAGCUUUUGUUCCUGCAACAAUGAUAGCAGUGCUUUACUAUUUCGACCAUAGUGUAGCAUCUCAACUUGCUCAGCAGAAAGAAUUUAAUUUGAGGAAACCAUCUGCUUAUCAUUACGACUUGCUUCUUUUGGGGUUCUUGACCCUGAUGUGUGGUUUACUUGGAAUCCCUCCUGCAAAUGGUGUGAUUCCCCAGUCCCCAAUGCAUACUAAGAGUCUGGCAACUCUCAAGCAUCAGCUGCUCCGAAACCGACUUGUUUCUACUGCACGUCAAAGCAUGAAGAAGAAUUCUAGCUUAGGACAACUGUAUGGCAACAUGCAGGAAGCUUAUCAUCAGAUGCAGACCCCUUUGAUAUACCAACAAUCGUCAGAUAUGGGGCUAAAGGAACUAAAGGACUCAACUAUCCAGCUAGCUUCAAGCAUGGGGAACUUUGACGCCCCAGUUGAUGAAACAGUUUUCGAUGUUGAGAAGGAGAUCGAUGAUCUCUUGCCUGUUGAGGUUAAAGAACAACGUCUGAGUAACCUACUACAAGCCACUUUGGUUGGAGGAUGUGUUGCAGCCAUGCCUUUUCUCAGAAUGAUUCCUACUUCUGUCCUUUGGGGAUACUUUGCUUUUAUGGCCAUCGAAAGUCUACCUGGCAACCAGUUUUGGGAGAGGAUAUUACUUCUCUUCACUGCACCAAGCAGAAGAUACAAAGUUCUAGAAGACUACCAUGCUACCUUCGUGGAAACUGUGCCAUUCAAGACCAUCGCUACAUUUACAGUGUUCCAAACAGCAUACUUGCUCGUCUGUUUUGGGCUUACAUGGGUUCCAAUUGCAGGACUGUUGUUCCCUCUGAUGAUUAUGCUUUUGGUUCCUGUAAGACAAUAUUUUCUCCCUAAAUUUUUUAAAGGGGUACACUUGCAAGAUUUAGAUGCAGCAGAGUAUGAAGAGGCACUAGCAAUACCAUUCAAUCUUUCUUCAAUGGAAGGAGAACAAGGCACUAGAGCUUCUCCUGCGGAGGCUGGAGAACUAUUGGAUGGAAUUGUAACCAGAAGUCGGGGAGAGAUUAAACACAUCCGUAGUCCUAAAAUCACAAGCUCCACAUCAACUCCAUUCAAUGAUCCUAAAAACCUUCAGAGCCCGCACUUUCCACAGAAAGUCUACAGUCCUCGCAUCAAUGAGCUUAGGGGUCAGCCAAGUCCUCGCAGUUCUGGGAAAGGAGUAUCUAGUCCAACUGGAGAAGUCAGGCCAUCUACUCCGAGGAGGAGUCCUCUAAACUAGACUCCUUUAAAGAGUUAUAAAUAUCCUUUCUUUUAACCUAAAAUGAGGCACGGUGGAGAUGGGCUAUCGGCUUAUCACCUUCCAUGAUUGCCACUGUUAUUCUGAUAUGAAUCCCUGUUGGUGUAAUGUCUUCUUCUUUCUAGUCUUGUUUUGUAGCUACUGAUAUGCAAGCUUGUUUGUUUUAUUUGUAACUAUAUAAAUACUAGUAACAGCUUAGGCUGUUCUUUCUAAUGAAUAAUACAUGUUGAAAGAUUUUGUGCU